CCGUUCGAGGAGCCGCACGAGCGCAGAAACCUUGGUGACGCAGCCAGACAGGUUACUCAGCAACGCUUUGAUUCGAAGUUUAUUCAUAUUUAGUUGCGAUAUUAUUAAAUAUCGGUGUUUUUUGAAACAUCUUAGAGUUCGUGAGCAGUUCUGUAAGUUUUGACAUGCGCUUCCUCGGCUCACCCUGGCGACUUUGACUGCGUCUGAGUUUCAUGACAAGUUGCUUUGACGUUAGCUUUAGCCGGCUAGCUACAAUUAGUCUCACUGUUUAACGCGUUAUUUUUCUCAAUUACCUGUCGUUACGAACCGUUCUCAAGCCAUGACGGGUAGAGAAGAGGAAUAUGACUAUCUUUUCAAAGUGGUGCUAAUCGGAGACUCCGGGGUCGGGAAGAGCAACCUACUGUCCCGCUUCACGCGCAACGAGUUCAACCUGGAGAGCAAGAGCACCAUCGGCGUGGAGUUUGCCACUCGCAGCAUUCAUGUAGAGGGCAAAACGAUCAAAGCCCAGAUCUGGGACACUGCAGGUCAGGAGAGAUACCGUGCCAUCACCUCAGCAUACUACCGCGGUGCUGUCGGUGCUCUUCUGGUGUACGACAUCGCAAAGCACUUGACGUAUGAAAACGCCGAGCGCUGGCUGAAGGAGCUGCAGGACCACGCUGACAGCAACAUCGUCAUCAUGCUGGUGGGCAACAAGAGCGACCUGCGUCACCUACGAGCCGUGCCUACAGACGAGGCCAAAGCGUUCUCAGAGAAACACGGGCUUUCCUUCCUCGAGACUUCCGCUUUGGACUCCUCUAAUGUAGAGCUCGCCUUCCAGACCAUUCUCACAGCAAUCUACCGCAUCGUAUCUCAGAGGCAAAUUUCCGGGCGCGGCGACACCGACUUCUCCCCCAACUCUAAAGUCGUGCCCAUCACGGUGCAGCCCACACAGAGCUCGGCCAAGCAAAGCGCCUGCUGCCAGAACAACUAAGCGGCCGCCGUAGCACAAUGGGAUUAUGGGUAAAAACCGACAUAAGGCUGGCCAAGGGGGGUUGCAAAGUUUGUUUGUCAAGCACAUUAAGACCCCACCACCAACCCACCCCUCUCCCCUUAAUAACACAUGCGGUAGGCUUUAACGUCUAAGCCCUAAUUCAACAAGUUAAGCUUUAACGUAGGGACAGAAGUGAAAAGAAAGGAUUGUUAUUUUGUUUUUCCUCCACAGACUGAUUUAAGGUUCUUUAUAUUUUUACACUAAUUAGAAACGAUACUAGUAGACUAUUUAUGUCUGCGGACAUUUUGCAGGAGUUACAGUUUAUAUCCCCAGCUAGCACUUACAACGUGCUCAAGCCUAUACAGAUACAGGAAAGAGGGUGCUACAAUGAAAUGUGUCUAUUUUAGCCACUACGUACUGGGUCUAGUUUUUAUUAAAGUCUCCUGGAGGAAACUUUUUUUAUUUUCAGCGGAUCAGUGAAAAAAAAAAAAAAAAAAAAAAAUCAUCGACUUCAUCUCCAUGACUGCUGCGUCUGCCUGUAUUGUUGAUUUGUAAGAUGACUCAGUGAAAGAACCCCUCUAUUUAUUUGCUGCAUUGAAACAUCUGAGAUGACACUGUUCAGAUUACAUCCCGAUAGCCUGUGGAUUUUUAUUUUAAACACAUUGUUUUAUUUUGAUGGUGUUUUCUGGUCUUUUUUUUUAUAUAUAUAUAUAUAUAUAUAUAUAUAUAUAUAUAUAUAUAUAUAUAUAUAUAUAUAUAUAUAAAAUUUAUUUAAGGGUUGAUUAACUGUAUUCUCUCCAGGGUGAGUAAAGUGUAAAGUGAACUAGUGACGUGUCUUUUUUUUUUUUAAUGUGGGAAGUUUAACUGAUCUGUUUCCUUUUGGGUCAUGUGUUCGUUUUCGUGUUUGCUCGUUUUAUUUGGCCGAUAGUUCUUAGGUUCGUUUGAAUGGAUCAGCUUUAGAGGCUUUUCUAGGUGUCGUUUUAUCAGUGACUCGUUUAACCUGGACUACGAUGAAGGCACAGAACAGGAAGGCAGAGGCAGGCUCAUCCCUUUACGUUAACGGAUUAUGUUGCAGGACUGAGCAACAGCGGUGCACUGAGCUGCUCACUGAGGAGUUUCUGGUGUACUGGAAGGGGCUUGUCUUACUGUAAGUGAAGCCCUCAUUGCCCAUCCCUAUAAUAUACUGUAUGUAACCUGAAGAAAGCCGUACCCUCCGGGAUCACUGUUAAUUGUGUCCCAUCUCUCACUCCUUUUCUCUCUUCUCCCUCCUUUUCUCUCUGGAUGGAGUCACAGAAAGAGAGUUCACGGUAGGUCAGAUUAAGGAAAAAGAUGAGACGAGAGAUGUGGUGAAGGUCAUUUAUCUCUAGUUCAGUUUCUGUCAAUUAGGAAGCCUUUUUUGAUUAAAUUCCAGGUCUGUGAAGAACCUAAACGUUCAGCACUCGUCACUGGCAUUAACCUCGUUCUCAAAAACACUAGAUUCGAUCUGUGUGUCGGUGUUUUUGCAUCUUAAAAUUUCCUCAAGUACCAGGAAGACCUCUCAUCAAAUAGAAGUACAGUUCAUGUGGCUGCAAAUGUGUUCUCCUUCAGAAUAUUCCUAGAUGCUCAAGUACUGCAUUAUUGCUCCAAAAAAUCGGAAAUGCUUUAAUUAAACGAAACGAUCGUUCAGUAAUCCGGAGAGAACCCAAACCUCUCAUUUCAUCUUAUUCAUGAGUUUAUAAACCCAAAGAGAAAUGGAGGAGAAAAAAAAGUAAGGGAAGAAAAAUGUCUUUUUCUAAUAUUAGUAGCAUUUUUAUGUAUGAAGGGGUGAAAUGUAAAAAGUGACGUUGUGUUGAUGCAUAAAUCUGUAUAUAUGGAUAAAAAUAAACGUGGUUUUUUUUUUUUUGGCUUUUA